AUGUCUUCGGUUUAACAUUAUUUGUUGAGAAAACAAAUCACUCGUAUUGAACAUCCUAAUAUCUUUAUGACUCAACAUGAUAUUGAUGAAUCAUAAUUAUAUAGAGAUGGCAAGAUUGUUCCAUAUUAUGUUGUUGGUAAACCAGAGAUAAUUGAUAAAAGAUUAAACAAAUCAUAACCAAUUUAAGAUAUUAUUUAACAUCAUCGUAGAAUUAAACCAACUACUUAUAAAGAGUUUAAAAAUAAAUAAUCUUAAUAAUUAAGUGUUUAAGAAGAAGCAGAAUUUAUUUAAAUUGACAUGGAACCAAGUUAAGUUGAAAAUGAAAUCUAAUAAAUUCUAAACAGAAAGACGUAAUAAGAAUAUUUACAUCUAAAGAAAUUAAGUAAAGCAGAUUAAUAAGCUGCAUUUAAAGACGAUAGAAUCAUUAAACAAUUUGAAAACUAAUAAUCUAAUUGGUAACGAAGAAUCAUCUCUUCAGCUUAAUAAUGUAAUAGACCUAUAUCUUAAUCUAUUUACAACUAAAUUUAAGUUGAAAGAGAAAAAGUGGAAGACAAAAAGUUAUUGGAUAUAAUUUAAACUGAUGCAGAAAGGUAUGGUAAUAAAUUAUGGGUAAGUUUUAUUUUCAUUUUAGGAAAGAUAACUUAGAUCCAAUUCUGAUGCUGUAGAAUAAUAAAAAAAAAUUAAAGAAUAAGGACAUGAAAUAAUUAAGAAUCCUUAUUCCAAAGCUAUAUAUAAGAGGCCUAAAAGUAUAGCUAAACGUUUUGAAGAAAGAAAAGAUAAGGUAUGUGAAGUCUUAACAAUUGGCUCAUAAUUAGAUAAUUUAUAGGUAUCAUACAUACUUAUCUUAAGAUAGAAGGAGAAAGUAAAUUAAUGAAAGAAACUAAAAGUGUAUAAAAAAUGUUGGAUGAUCAUAAACUCAAAGAAUAAAAUAAUAAAAGGAAAAAUAAUACUAUUUUUUAGAAACUUAUUGUAAAUGAUCAAGUCAAUGGUUCUUAAGAAAUUAUUUCUAUUAAUUAUGAUAAAUAAGUUUUGAGACAAAAAGGAAAACUCGAUAUAUUUAAACAAUUUUUUUGA